AUGGAGGCCACGCUCGAGAGAUUCUCAAAUUAUCCACCAUCAACAAUAAAAGACGUCAUCAUCUCACGGUUGGUAGGCGAGAUAAGGGUUCAGGGCAGGACCUUUAGAACUCUCACCAAGGCUAGCGUCAACUUUGAGACCCUCUCACUCAGGAGUUCGGAAUUCCCUUUACAUCCUUCCGAGAUGACCGUUUCUGAAGUCCUUAGGGAAUUUGAUCUGAUCCGAAAAGGUUACAGCGACAUAUCAAAUAAUCUACAUCGAAUAUCUGGUGAUUUCCAGACACACCGAUCUAACCUCGAAAAGGAAUUGCACAUGCUUCAUCAAGAAGCUGCCGACUUACGUCAUCGUGCUGGCGCGGAAAAAUCAGGAGCGAUAAAGACAGGCCUACUUGCCGGAUUUGGAGUCGGAUCACUUUCAAACACAACGCUUUACAUAAUAGCUCCUUCAUUAGAUGGUGGUCUGACAUUAUUUGCCACAAUAAUUACCGGUGGCGUGCUUGGUUGGUAUUAUGGAAAUAAGCUGGGUGCAAAACUAAGGCAGGAAGCUGAGAUAAAGGAACAGAGAAUUCAUGAUUUAAAGAAUAAUACGGAAUACAUUGAUUUUGUGGUGAAGGAGGUGAACGAUUUUGAUAAGGGCAUCGGACUCUUCAAGGAUUCCUGGGCGAAACAAUUUAAACAUGCCCCCGUUUCCAAACAGGUCAUAAACAAAAUCAAAAAGGAAAACCUGGAGAUGAACAACCUUUCGGUAAAAUCACUAUUGGCUUCAUGGACACAUGCCAAGUCGAAACUCCCUAAUUAUCAAAACCAUGCCUGCCUCUAA